GACACCGUUUCUCAGAGUCUUCCUACUUCCUCCCUUCCCCUUCAACUGAUCCCCCUUCUCUCUUUUCCUUUAAACCUUCCCUUGACUUUCCUCCGCCAUGGCUCCCUCUUCCACCAACCUCCACUUUCUCCCAUAAUAACACCCCCCCCCCUCUCUUUUCCUCUUCACCCCAUCAUCCAAAAUCAUGCCCUCUCUCACCGCCCCCCAUGGCCUUCCCCUCUUCCUCUUCCUCCUCCUCUUCCUCUUCUCCUCCGUCUCCGCCCAGUUCCAGCCCGCCCCCGACCCCAGAUCAGACCCUUACCAGUACCGCCUCAGCGGUUCCAUGGCCGUCAUCAUCGUCAUCCUCAUCGCCGCCCUCUUCUUCAUGGCUUUCUUCUCCGUCUACAUCCGUCACUGCAACGAUUCACCAUCCAACACCGUCCGCCCUAUCACCGCCGCCGCCGGCCGCUCCCGUCGCGCAACCCGCGGUCUCGAUCCGGCGGUAAUUGAAACGUUUCCGACUCUGAUUUACUCCGAUGUGAAAGAGCAUAAAAUUGGUAAAAGUGCCCUAGAAUGCGCUGUUUGUUUGAAUGAAUUUGAAGAUGAUGAAACGCUGCGUUUAAUCCCUAAAUGUGAUCAUGUGUUUCACCCUGAAUGUAUUGAUGCUUGGUUGGCUUCUCACUCUACUUGCCCUGUUUGUCGAGCUAAUUUGUCUCCCCAACCCACUGACUCCGUCCACCGAGCUGACGAUUCCAACGCUGUCGUUAACUCCGAUACCGACGGAGGUGAUAUUGAAGCUCAGUCCAACGACGUUGUUUCAGAGACGACGGCUCCACCUACGGUUCAGAUACAAACGGAAUCAGAGCUCAGUACGACGACAAGUAACAAGGCGUUGAAUCGGACACGUACACGGGGAUCCCGAUCCAAUAGAUUGCGGUGGCUAUUUCCCCGGUCUCACUCGACCGGCCACUCCUUGGUUCAGCCUGGGGAAGACACUGAGCGGUUUACUCUCCGGUUGCCAGUGGAGAUAAGGAAACAAGUGGUGAACCGGAAGCUGCACCGGGCGACUAGUAUGGUGGUUCUGGCGAGGCAGAGCAGUUCGAUGAGGGGAUACCGAUUUGGUUCAGGUGAAGGGAGUAGUCGAGGGAAGUAUUACCGGAGGCUUGAGCGGUUGGACAGAACAUCGAAGUCGGACCGGUGGGUGUUGUCAAUGACACCGCCGUUUUUUACGCGUAUGUCGUCGAUGAAGACUCCGCGUGGAGGGAGUAACCGUGCUGAACCCGGUUCGGGCCGAGAACUUGGACAGGGGAAUACCGCGGUCGAUUCAAGUAGGCUUCCGGUCUGAAGUAGUUUUAUUUUAUUUUAUUCUUAUAUGAUUUUUUGGCCACAUUAUAUAAAAAUUUAAAUUAAUCGUGAAUUUCCCAAGGGGAAAUUUUCUUUUUGUUUCAUAAAAUUUUAUAUAUAUCAAAAGUAAUGUGUACAUAAAUUCUUGUUUA